GGAAACCUUGUAGCAGCGCAGCCUGGCACUGAGUAGGUUUGCAACAAAAGUUAGUUGGCAGGCUUUCCCUACUCAGAGCACUGUGGUCCACAGGACUCAGGCUGUAGCUGGAUGCCGAGGAAGCAGCCUCGUUGGUGGCAGGGUGGAUUGAGCCAGCACGUGUCUGCGUAUCCCAGCUCUCUCCCACCAGACCCUGGGAAUCCAGCUUCACAAAACAAACACCAGAGCGCCCGCUAAUCGCCAGCUCAGAAACAAAACAGCACUGCGCUGGGGGAUCCGGGCGCAAAUCAGCCCUCCCUCUUCGCGCUCCUUCGCCACCGCCCGCCCCUCAGCUCCGCUGCUCCGCUCUGCUCAGAGCAGCGCAGCUCCGCAGCCGCCAAAGCGAGGCGGGCUCGGUCUCCCCACAGCCAGCGCCACCCGGGCUCCUCCACGUUUCGCUCUGCAGCUCCCGUCACUUGGAGCAGGAGUGUCCUGACAGAGUCUGCAACAUCAGCAUAAAGUUGGGGAGCCCUCGAGGAUGAGGCUGUCUCCCUCGCCCCUGAGGCUUAGCCGGGGUCCGGCGCUGCUGGCCCUCGCGCUGCCCCUGGCCGCAGCGCUAGCGUUCUCGGAUGAGACCCUGGACAAAGUGGCCAAGUCGGAGGGCUACUGCAGCCGCAUCUUGCGCGCCCAGGGCACACGGCGUGAGGGAUACACGGAGUUCAGCCUCCGCGUGGAAGGCGACCCUGACUUCUAUAAGCCAGGAAGCAGCUACCGAGUGACACUUUCGGCUGCUCCUCCCUCCUACUUCAGAGGCUUCACGUUAAUUGCCCUCAGAGAGAACCGGGAGGGAGAUAAGGAAGAAGAUCACGCAGGCACCUUCCAGAUCAUAGAUGAAGAAGAGACCCAGUUUAUGAGUAACUGUCCUGUGGCUGUCACUGAAAGCACCCCUCGGAGGAGGACACGGAUCCAGGUGUUUUGGAUAGCGCCACCCACAGGGACAGGCUGUGUGAUUCUGAAGGCCAGCAUUGUACAGAAACGCAUUAUUUAUUUUCAAGACGAGGGCUCCCUGACCAAGAAGCUGUGUGAACAGGAUCCCACACUUGAUGGGGUGACGGACAGACCAAUCUUAGACUGCUGCGCCUGUGGAACUGCCAAGUACAGACUCACGUUUUAUGGGAACUGGUCCGAGAAGACUCAUCCAAAGGAUUACCCUCGUCGGGCUAAUCACUGGUCUGCCAUCAUUGGUGGGUCCCACUCCAAGAACUACGUGCUGUGGGAGUAUGGAGGGUAUGCCAGCGAAGGGGUCAAGCAAGUUGCUGAACUGGGCUCACCGGUAAAAAUGGAGGAGGAAAUUCGACAACAGAGUGAUGAAGUCCUCACUGUCAUCAAAGCCAAAGCCCAGUGGCCAGCCUGGCAGCCUGUCAAUGUGAGAGCAGCACCCUCAGCUGAAUUCUCAGUGGACAGGACACGCCACUUAAUGUCUUUCCUAACCAUGAUGGGCCCCAGUCCGGAUUGGAACGUGGGCCUAUCUGCAGAGGAUCUGUGCACCAAGGAGUGUGGCUGGGUCCAGAAAGUGGUGCAGGACCUGAUUCCCUGGGAUGCUGGCACUGACAGCGGGGUAACCUAUGAGUCACCAAACAAGCCCACAAUUCCUCAGGAAAAAAUCCGACCCCUGACUAGUCUGGACCAUCCUCAGAGUCCUUUCUAUGACCCAGAAGGUGGAUCCAUCACCCAAGUGGCCAGAGUCGUCAUCGAGAGAAUUGCCCGGAAGGGAGAACAGUGCAACAUUGUACCUGACAAUGUGGAUGAUAUUGUAGCCGACCUGGCUCCAGAAGAGAAAGAUGAAGAUGACACCCCUGAAACCUGCAUCUACUCCAACUGGUCCCCAUGGUCGGCCUGCAGCUCUUCCACUUGUGAAAAGGGCAAGAGGAUGCGGCAGCGCAUGCUGAAGGCACAGCUGGAUCUCAGUGUCCCCUGUCCUGACACCCAGGACUUCCAGCCCUGCAUGGGCCCUGGCUGCAGCGAUGAAGAUGGCUCCACCUGUACCAUGUCAGAGUGGAUCACCUGGUCGCCCUGCAGCGUCUCGUGUGGCAUGGGCAUGAGGUCCCGGGAGAGGUAUGUGAAACAGUUUCCGGAAGACGGCUCGGUGUGCAUGCUGCCCACGGAGGAAACAGAGAAGUGCACAGUCAACGAAGAGUGCUCUCCUAGCAGCUGCCUGGUGACUGAAUGGGGUGAGUGGGACGACUGCAGCGCCACCUGUGGGAUGGGCAUGAAGAAGCGGCACCGUAUGGUCAAGAUGAGCCCCGCAGAUGGCUCCAUGUGCAAGGCGGAGACAUCGCAGGCGGAGAAAUGCAUGAUGCCUGAGUGCCAUACCAUCCCGUGUUUGCUGUCUCCCUGGUCCGAGUGGAGCGACUGUAGCGUGACCUGUGGGAAGGGCAUGCGGACCCGCCAGCGGAUGCUCAAGUCUCUGGCAGAGCUGGGUGACUGUAAUGAGGAUCUGGAGCAGGCGGAGAAGUGCAUGCUGCCAGAAUGCCCCAUUGACUGUGAACUCAGCGAGUGGUCCCAGUGGUCUGAAUGUAAUAAGUCAUGUGGGAAAGGUCACAUGAUUCGAACCCGGACAAUCCAAAUGGAACCUCAGUUUGGAGGUGCACCCUGCCCAGAGACUGUGCAACGCAAGAAGUGCCGCACCCGGAAAUGCCUUCGCAGCCCGUCAGUCCAGAAGCUGCGCUGGAGGGAGGCCCGAGAGAGCAGGAGGAGUGAGCAGCUGAGGGAAGAGUCGGAUGGAGAGCAGUUCCCAGGCUGUCGGAUGCGCCCGUGGACAGCCUGGUCAGAAUGCACCAAACUGUGUGGAGGUGGGAUCCAGGAGCGCUACAUGACUGUGAAGAAGAGGUUCAAAAGCUCCCAGUUUACCAGCUGCAAAGACAAGAAGGAGAUCAGAGCGUGCAACGUGCACCCUUGUUAGUAGGGGUUUGACUCCCCAGGGCUGCAUUCCAGAUUCUAAUCACCAAUGGUUGGGUGGUUUGUUUGCUUGUGUAAGAUGAUUUAAAUUGUG